AAGAAGAAGGAGCCCAAUUGGAAGAGGCACCGCACGGCACCAACCCCCCCACAUCUCGUCUCCCCCCUCGCCGGUCGCCGGCGAUGGAGCCACCACCGCCGUCGACCCUCUCGGCGCAGGACUGGGAGCACGUCCUAGACGACUUCUCCUCCCCGCCGCCGCGCCGCGACCGAUGGCUCCACCUCCCGCUCCUCGACCUCGCGCUGUCCUCUCUGCCCCGCCGCGACCUCCCCUCCCACCUCAAGCCCCUCCUCCUCUCCCUCAUCGACGACCACCUCCUCCCGGCCCCGCCCUCCUCGCUCCCGCUCCUCCUCGCCUCCCUCCUCGCCUUCCCCCACGACCACCCGCUCCGCGACCACCUCCUCCUCACCGUCGUCUCCGCCUUCGCCUCCUCCCUCUCCGCCCCCCUCGCCUCCUCCCAGGCGGCCCCGCUGGCCGGCCUCGUCGACGCGCUCCUCGCCGCCGCCAACCGCCCCAACCACGCCACCGACCGCGCCGCGCGCGCCCUCGCCUGCGACGCGCUGCGGGCGCUCGACGACGCGCUGCCGGGCCUCCUCGCCGACGUGCUCGGCCACGCCUACGCGCUCGCCGCCGCCGAGCGCUCCCCUGCCGCGCAGUCCUACAUCCUCCUCCUCGCCUCCGCCGCCCGCAGCGUCAUCCGCGUCGGGAGGCUCGGAUCCAACGCCUCGCUCCUCGCCGUCUCCGGCCCGCCCACCCCCUUCUCCGUGCCGGCCCACCUCCUCGUCUCCUCCUCGCUGAAGCCCGCCGCUUCCGUGAGGACCCCGUCGGAGCUCAACGUGAGGGAGAUAAGGAAGGUGCUGGCUCUGAUCAUGGAGAGGCCGCAGGUGCUGACGCCCCCGGCGGCCAUGGAGCUUGCUGCCAUCGUCGCGGAGGUGGCCUCGGCUGUGCUGGAGUGGGCGCCGGCCAUCGCCGCGCACGUCAAGGUGCAGUUUGGCGGGAUGGCGUAUUCGUCCAGCCCGAUGCUGCUGCACUCGGUGCUCACACUGUUCGUCCAGUUCCCAGAUGCGUUUGGGGCCGACGACGAGCGCAGAAUUGCGCGCCGCCUGGCGUCUGCUGCCUGCGAGGCGCACCGGCCACUCCCAGUGCGAUUGCUGGCGCUGCAUUGGCUGCUUGGGUCGGGGAGGUUCAGAGGUUCGGUGCCUGGACUCGCCCAAUGGUUCUACCCUGGCUUGUUCGACCCCCUGGCACUCAAGGCCAAGAAGCUGGAUUGCCUAGCCUUUGUUGCUGCUGGCAUUGAUGGUGAUAAGGUUGGAGGCAGGUAUGGCCAGCAGACGAGUAAGCUCAUCGAUGAUGGCCUAGUCUGUGUUUCGGCCUUCAGGUGGCUCCCGGCAUGGAGUACUGAGACGGGCGUUGCAUUCCGAGCGUUGCACAGGGUCUUGGUUGGUGCUUCCCCUCACAGCACCAAUGACAUGGGUUGCUCCGGAGCUGGUGAGCUCCUGAAUUCUACCACCUUCCACCAUUUCCAGGCUAUGUUGGUUGAUAUGACAUCAGAACAUCGGGGUUUAGUCCCUGUGAUUGCUGAUUUCAUCAACCGUCUGCUAGCAUGCACCACUCAUCAGUGGGUGGGGGAACAGUUGCUCCGAACUGUUGACGAGUGUCUGCUCCCGAGGCUUGAACCAGGCUACCUGCUCGCAUCGUAUUACCCUCUUUUUGAGAAGAUUGCGCAGAAUGAGACAGUCCCUCAGCUCCGUCUAAUUGAAUUGCUCACCAAGCAGAUGGUUUCUCUUGCCAAGAAGCAUGAGACAGACACUUCAUUGAAGUCGUGGUCUCAGGGCAGCAAGGUUGUGGGUAUUUGUCGUAUCAUGCUGAAGUACCAUCACAGCUCUCAUAUCUUCCUUCCCCUCUCACACCUACUUGUGGUCACCGUCGAGUCGUUCCCGGACCUAGAGAUCCGGGACCAUGCCAGGAUAUGUUUGCGGAUGUUGUCUUGCAUUCCUGGCAAGAAACUUAGGAAUCUCAUGGGAAUUGGAGAGCAACCCACACCCUCUAAUCCAGGUUCCAUGUUUGAUGUCCCGUCACCACAUCCUGCUCAAGAUCCUGAGAGCAUGCCUAGUUUGGCAUCGUACAUUCAUCUUGAAAGAGUUGUGCCUCUGGUUGUGAAGCAGUCAUGGGCCCUCACGUUACCCAAUUUCAGCGUCCAGAGCAGAGCAUCUGGUCACAUUCUAAGUAUACAGGACGUGAGCGUAGCUCCUCCGGAGCAAGAAAAGCCACCAGAACCUACCAUUGAGAGGAUUGGAUAUACACAAGAAGCGUUGCGUGUGAUGGAUUCAAAGGGUGCUGAAACACUGGAAAUCCUUAGAAGGCACUUCUCAUGCAUUCCUGACUACCAGCACUUGUCUGGUCUUAAAAUAAAAAUAUACUGCACUUUUAGAUUUGAUUCAGAACCAUUUAGCUGUGCUUGGGGAUCUGAUUCAACUGUGUCAUGUUCUGAAGGGGCAGAUGAGUUGCCUGCCCUUUUUGCAGUGACAAUUACCUUCUCAUCAAGUGCGCAUUUUGGAGAAAUUCCCCCAUGUCGUGUGCCUUUCCUUCUGGGUGAACCUCCAGGUUCUGGUGUGGACAUUGUCCCCAUAGAUAACUGCCACCAGGAAGAAUCAAGUUACCGUGCAUCAGUAGUGAUAGAACUGGAGCCUCGAGAGCCAUCACCUGGUCUUAUUGAUGUAGGCAUUGCUGCAAACACAGAGAAUUGCCAAGUCAUAUCUGGUUCUCUUCAGCCCAUUACAGUUGGCAUAGAGGACAUGUUUUUGAAGGCCAGCAUACCUCCCGAUACUCCGGAAGAGGGUGUAGCUGCGUAUUACCAGGAUCUGUUUAAUGCUCUAUGGGAGGCCUGUCACAGUUCUUCUAACACUGGUCGAGAGACUUUCCCUUUGAGCGGAGGGAAAGGGUUAGCUGCAAUUAGUGGAACCCGUUCCGUUAAGCUCCUUGAGGUGACUCCAAAGGUUUUGAUUGGAGCUGUAGAGAGAUACCUGGCUCCCUUUGUUGUCGCUGUCGCUGGGCUUUCGCUUAUCACCAUUCUAAGAGCUUCAGCGCAUUGAUGAUGACGAAAUCGAUAUCGGUGUGCAGAGGUAUGGGCAUCUAAGCAAGAGGGAUAUGGGUGUCGUGCGUGUCCUGAUAUUCUUACCGCCCAGGUAUCACCUCCUCUUCUUAAUGGAAGUAGGCUAUGCCUCCACACUUGUCAGGAUCAGAACCGAUCAUUGGCCAUGUUUGGCAUAUGUUGAUGAAUACUUGGAAGCAUUGCUUCAAUAGGGAGGGUUUAUCUUUCAGUUUUGUACCUUAUGUAACACUAAAGAGUAUACAGCGUGAGCUUUUCUUUUUUUCUCCUUUUUGGGGGGCUUCUAUUUCUGUACCAUGAAGGCUGGAGCAUCAUUCUUUUUUUUUUUUGCGGAUUCAGUUGUGUAAUUUCGAGGGGAGAGGGCAGUUUUGUUCGUCGGUCAUCAUCAAGAAUACGCGACUAUAUGCUAAAAUUAAGUUCCCAUUGUAUGUUACUUUCUUCAGUUCUGUUUU